AUGGCGCUCGCUGCUGGUGUCUCUGUUGCUGCCGCAGCCUCUGCUGCGCUUGCUGUCCUCGGCGCAAGGAAGGUCUACAAGUCCCUGACAGCUGAACGUGGCUGCACCCUGCCUAGCCUCAGGGCUGUCACAUCUCACUCAGCCAUUGCUUACCCCGAAGACUACUAUCCUGGCGGGAGCUAUGCUGACCUGUCGUUCGGAGAGACUCACUACUUUUUGUUUGGACCUGAGGAUGGCAAAAAGGUUGUGUUUGUUCAUGGCCUCUCGACACCAGCCUCGGUCUAUGAUAAGGUCGCUCGCCACAUGGCCAACAAUGGCUGCCGGGUUCUCCUCUACGAUCUCUACUCUCGUGGCUAUACUGUCGGACCCGCUGUGGCCCAUGACCCUUUGCUCUAUGUGACCCAGCUGCACGAUUUGCUUAAGCAUGUCGGGUGGAAAAGAUGCAACUUUGUCGGUUUAUCAUUGGGCGGAGGCAUUGUAGCCUGCUACGCUCAUCGGUUCCCAGAAGCUGUCGAGUCCCUGACGUUUAUCGCCCCAGGAGGCCUCUUGUCUCCCUCUGACAUCCCCUGGGUCGGCAAAAUUUUCUUGUUGCCCUACAGCGAGGAAAUCUUCUCGCACAAGUCCAUCAAGGGCUACUUCUCUACAAAGAAUAUCGAGUCGAUGCGAAACGAGUUCAAGAGCGAGCCCAAAGUGCCGGAAUGCAUCGAUGAAGCCUGCAAAAUCUUGGCUCUGCAAUUUCAGCAUCAUGCAGGAUAUGCACGUGGACUCAUGUCGACCCUGAGACGGUUCCCGUUGACAGAGUUGAGACCAGAGUACGCAGCGUCUCAACAACAAGCGUACCCUGUGCAGGUCAUCUGGGGUACGAAGGACGCGGUUGUGCCGGGCACGACCAUCGACACACUUCAGCAGCUCGUUCCCCGCGUCAAGGUGACGCGCGUCGAGGGUGCGACCCACAGCAUUGUGAUGACCCAUCCGAACGCCAUUAUUGAGCAGCUGGAGCCUAUUGUGCGUUGA